CCUUGGCUUGAGAGAGAGAUGACAUCAUUUGGACUGAUGGAUAGAUAUAUAUUUGUAUCCUAAUCACCUAUCUGAUGAACCAAAUACACCAAACUAAUAGGAUCCAAAAAUAAGCGCGUACAAAAUUUGGAUAGCAAAAUAUACACUUUUCAAUGUGGCAAAGAAUGCAGUUAGCAUCCGAUGAAUAUACAUCAAUGGAUACAGAUCGUUAUAGUUGGCUUUCUUAAUUUUAAUAUGGACGUCGUACAGUAACCAGGGUGUUCCAAAAUCUCACCAUGCCCUCAUAAGUCCGUGCCAAGUCCCCAAGAGCUCAGGGCCAUUGCUGCUUGCGUAUUGCGUAAUGUAAGCGGCAGGCCUGGCUGGCGAAGAUGCAAGUGUCCCGCGUUUAGAACUUGAGGCCGCGUCCUGGUAAAAUAAGCGCCACGCUGUUUUAUGUCUCCAGGCACAGAGCGGAAGAGUUUUCUGGAUCGCGGGCACUGGGACCGUCACACGGUGGAGAUAAAACACCGCAGGUCGGGCAGUAAACGUGAUAAACGUCCCCCUGCGUGGUCCUACACGUUACAGGUCACACGUCACGGACUCAAGUCUCCUCGCUUGUUUCGUCGUUGUCAAGUUUUCAAGUUCCUUUGUGGACGUUGACCUUUAGACCAUGAUCAAAGAGCAGAAAUCUGACGCAAGCAGGAUGUACACCUGUAAGAGUUCUACUCAGAUGGUAAACACACACUGAUUGCGUAGAGGCUGUCACGACUCCAUUGAUGUUAUGAAUUAACGAGUUAAGAAUUUGACAUGCUCCUGAAGCCACGCCUGCAACUCAUUACCGCUCCUCCUGAGAGGGCAGGGAGGACCUCAGACAGAAGAGGUCGUACCUGAGGAGUGCAAGUGAUUCAGGGAGUACAAAGGCCUGACUGUGAAGCCUGAAGGGGUUCUUCGGUUAGUUGGAAAAUCUUGGAGUUACAGUUGUACCCUAUCUACACUGUAAGUUCUGUCCAAAACUUGGCCUGGGUCUCAUUUCGGCAUGAAACUCAGAGUUAUGUAAAAGGUUUUCCAAGAGUCGAGUCGAUGGCAUCUAAACUUGGCGGGAUCUGACUAGACACAAUCAUCUGCUGGCGGACUUGCAGUCAUCAUGGCACUGGAGCGCGGAUCCACAAGGCACGCGAUGAUGACAUUCACCGUGGGCGCGUUGUUCGGCGGGGUUAUUGCACUGUUGGUGGUGAGCAGUGAAGUUCUGAGGGACGGAGUGCAGGGUCGGGAACGUCAACCCUACAUACGGACAUUUGGAGAAACUGCGGGGGACCUGACGUUCCAAGAUGAGGGAGAUUUGGACACAGCAGGAAGUGCGGCAUGGCUGCAGGACCGAGAGUACAAUCCUGUUACAGGUCCGCCUCCACCGCUGAGGGUCAUCAGUCCAACAGCAUUCCACGAACCAAGCGAGGUCCACAAAGGUCGAGAAUCCAGAGUCCGGGUGCUCUGCUGGGUCCUGACAGACCCCGACAACCAUGACCGUAAGGCACUGCCUGCCUUCGACACCUGGGCGUCCAAAUGUGACCGGACUCUCUUCAUCACAACUAAGUCUCACGACUUCCUCCCAACAGUCGUGAUAAACGUAACUGAAGGUCGAGAUUCUCUCUUACAAAAGUCCAUCCACGCCUUUAAACAUGUCUACCAACAUCAUCUCGACGAAGCCGAUUGGUUCUUCAAAGCUGAUGAUGACACGUACGUCAUCAUGGAAAACUUACGUCACUUCCUAUCGGACAAGAACCCAGAGGAACCUGUAUAUUACGGUUUCCGGUUUAACUCCAUCAGACCUGACACUAAGAACGGCUACAUGAGUGGCGGGGCCGGAUACGUACUCAGUAAAGAAGCUCUGAAGAGACUAGUGACACAGGGUAUGGACGACCCAAGGAAGUGCAGGCUACAUUCCAAAGCUCCGGAAGACUUGGAAAUCGGCAGAUGUCUGGAGAAGGCGGGUGUUACGGCAGGUGACUCCAGGGAUGAGGAGGGGAGGCAAACGUUUCACUGCCUGAGUCUCCAGGACCAUGUUCUUGGCAACUUGCCGGAGUGGCUCCACAGAUACAGCACCUACCCGGUACAAUCGGGUCCAGACUGCUGCUCCAAACACACCAUCACGUUCCACUACACCGAGCCCAUCAUGAUGUACGUGUUGGACUUCGCCAUUCACCACAUCAGGCCACAUGGGCAAUGUGACAGGCAUGAUCAGACCUAGACAAUACCCAUCAAACUCUGUAGAACGCAAAAUCUAAAAUGACUGGGACAUUAAAAAACGUAAACAAUGUGGCCUAACUAGCAGCCUGCCAGACUAACUGGCCUACUAGAACCGAGGAGGUUUAUAUUUUAACCUCCUUGCUAGAGCUCUCGGGGGAGGAGGGGUGGGACAAUAAACCCCCAGACUCCCAGAUGUGUAACGCAGGAUAGAAACAAUCAGGGCAAGUUGGAAGCAAAACUAUCGAAGAAAUCAAAUGUUUAAGAUGAAUAGUCUAUAUGAUUCUGUGCAGCUGGUACUGCUGAUGAUUGACUAUAAGUAUAACUUCACUGCAGUGAAGUGGAACCAAUGUCCAUCAUGCAAGUUAUUUUAAGUUGAAACAAAUCAAUUUCAUUUAAUGUUGUACAAUGUACAUGUUGCCAUAAUCAGAAAAAAAUAUACUAGUAUAUGCACAUGUUCUCAUGACUGCAGAUGCAGAACACAGUGGAUGA